AUGGCCUUCGCCGCGCCCACGGUCGCGCUCGCGCCGCGCGCCGCGCGCGCGCGCGGCGUCGCGUCCGUCGCGUCCGCGCGCCGCGUCGCGGUGUCGGCGCCGGCGACGGCGAAGACGACGACGACGCGGUCGUCUCGCCUCGCGAUCCGCGUCGAUCGCUGGCCACGUCGCCGCGCGACGACGACGACGACGACGACGACGACGACGACGACGACGCGCGCGACGAGCGGGGACGACGACGUCGCCUCGGACGGCGACGCGGACGCGACGUCGUCCGCGUUCGCGGAGGAGCUCAAGCGACGACGCGCCGCGGAGGAGAACGGCGACGAGACGGGCGCGUCCGCGCGAGGAGGAGGCGGAGGCGGCUCGGAUAAGUGGGCGGGAGGCGCGGAUCGGGACGCGCCGCGGUUCGCGCCGCGCGACGACGGCGCGCGCGGGGUGGAGACGGAGCAGCUCAAGCGAUCGCGGUCGAUCAACAACGAGGGGUUGGACGGGUUCCCGAGCAGGGCGGGGGAGCUCGUCAAGCUGGGACUCACGUCGUUCCUGUCGUUCGGGCCGCUCAUCGCGAUCUUUUCAGUCGUCUUCGUCGCGUCCUAUCUGCUCCUCGGAAGCGACUUCAUCCACGGCGGCGAGGCGACGACGUACCGGUACGUACCCCCGGAGGUGUUGCUCAACGAGGAGACCGUCGAUCGCAUGGUGCCGCUGCGGUGA